AUGCUUCCAAAUCCCAUAAAUAUCCAAAAAUGGAUUGAAGAAAACGGAGACCUUCUUCAGCCUCCUGUCAAUAACUACUGCGUUCACAGAGGCGGCUUCACGGUUAUGAUUGUUGGCGGACCCAAUGAAAGAACGGACUACCACAUCAACCAAACCCCAGAAUACUUUCACCAGUUGAAAGGAGAAAUGUGCUUGAAGGUUGUUGAUGAAGGAGAGUUCAAGGAUGUUGUGAUCAAGGCUGGAGACUCGUUCUUGUUGCCUGGCAAUGUUCCACACAACCCGGUCAGAUUUGCUGACUCUAUUGGUUUGGUGGUAGAGCAAGACCGCCCAGAAGGUGUGAAUGACAAGGUUAGAUGGUAUUGCCGCAAGUGUAAGGAGAUCAUUCAUGAAAAGGAGUUCUAUUGUUACGACCUAGGGACUCAAGUGAAGGAUGCAAUCAUCGCCUUCGAUGGUGACAUGGAUGCUCGUACCUGUAAGAAGUGCGGUGAGUUGAAUUUUUCGAGACCACAGUAA